AUGUCGAUUGAUUCAGCUCUCACUACCGCAUUCAUGGUGCUCGUAUCCGUUGUGGGAACCGCUGGAAAUUUAUUGGUAAUUGUCGCCAUUCUUCACAAGCGAAGGCUAAGAACUAUUCCCAAUUAUUUCAUCUUCGAUCUGGCUGUAUGUGACUUGCUGACAGUCUCCCUGGCUGUUCCUUUGCGUCUUGUUGAAGUUUUUCACCCAGGAUCCAUUCACUGUAGUAUUGUAAUAGCGGUGACUAUUCUCUUCGAUGGAUUAUCAAGGAUAAACAUCGUUUUUAUCAGCCUUGACAGACUUAUAGCAGUGAAAUUUCCUUUUAAAUACAAUGUGUGCAUAACAAACAGAACUGUUGCUGUUCUGGUCGCAAGUGGAUGGACAAUCAUGAUAUUGUUUGCGAUUUUACCCAUUGUAGGCGUCGGCUUAGCUCCCGAAGAAGUCCUUCGCCUCAACCAUGGUUUGUGCUUCUUCUCCACAAAUUUAUCCACCUCCUAUUUACUUGCGUUUCUGAUCGGAUUCUGUUUGUUGCCGUUGAUAAUGGCCACACCAAUCAACUGCUUUCUUCUCAAAGCCAGCCACAGACAAUUGCGGGUCAUUCACGUACAACAAGUGCAGGUCGAAAGUAGUGUGAACACUUAUUAUCGUAAUGUGAGUGCAAUGUUAUUCAGUGGCAGAAAUCAGCCAGCAAGCAUUCCCCAGUGUAACAGGACAUUUGCCCUAAAACAAAAGCGAGUUGCAAGGAUGGUCAUAAUUUUGGUGGGGUUUUUCGUAAUCCUUGUUCUUCCUAUCACAAUAAUUGAUAUUCUGGGAGCAUUUGGAGUGUCUAAUGUGCCACCUGCAGUCACUAAAGUUGCCGUUUGUAUGAUAUACACGAACGCUAUGAUAAACGUUUUUGUGUACGCGGGCUUCAACGGAGAGUUUCAAAGAACGUUUAUUGAAAUCUUUCAAGCGGUUAACGCAAAAUUCCGUGCUGUAGUAUCUUCUUUGUAACUGCAGUAAAAACAUAGUGCCUUUUUAAUACU